AUGGCCAGACGUGAUAUCAGAGUGGUACUGUGUGGAGAUGACGGUGUUGGUAAAAGUACUAUCAUCACUGCCUUGAUCAAAGAAAGGUUCUACGAAUUACCAUCAGGAUUAGUCUUACCAGAGGUUUCAAUCCCACCUGAAGUCACUCCCAACAUCACCACUCAUCUAAUCGAUACAUCUCCACGUCCUGAAGAUCGACAUCAUCUUGAAACAGAAAUCAGAAAAGCUCAUGUAGUCGUCAUCAUUUAUUCAGUUGAAAGUCCUAAUUCAUUCGAUCGAAUUACUACUUAUUGGUUACCUACCAUUAGGUCACUAGGUGUGAAUGUACCAGUGAUUUUGGUGGGAAACAAGAUUGAUUUAAGAGAUGGUGAAGAUGUUACCAAUGAAGCUUUUCAAUCAGAAUUGGCGCCUUUGAUGAGAGAAUUUAAAGAAGUGGAAACCUGUAUCGAAUGUAGUGCAAAAGCUUCACUUAACAUUAGUGAAACCUUUUACCUGGCUCAAAAUGCUGUUCUACAUCCAACAGCACCCCUUUAUGAUUCAAGAGAACAUUCAAUGAAACCUGCCUGUGUGAAUGCUCUCACACGAGUUUUCAAAUUGUGCGAUGUUAAUAAAGAUAACGUAUUAGAUGACGAAGAAUUACACGAGUUUCAACGCAAAUGUUUUGGUGUCCCUUUACAAUCUAAGGAGCUCAGGACGAUCAAAACUGAUGUGUUACAAGAAAAUCCUCAAUUUUUAACCUUUGAUGGUCAUAUCACUCAAGAAGGAUUUCUUUAUUUACAUACCUGUUUCAUUCAACGUGGAAGAUUAGAAACCGUUUGGGGUGUAUUGAGAGCAUUUGGAUAUGGUGAUGAUCUCACACUAAGUGAAACAUUUUUAGCUCCUAGAUUCGAUGUUCCAAAUGACUGUUCAGCCGAACUUAGUCCUUCUGGUUAUGCGUUUUUUACAGAUCUGUUUGAAACCUUUGAUCAGGAUUUAGAUGGUGCAUUGAACACGGAAGAAUUAGAGUCUCUUUUCAGUACUUCGCCUGGAAAUCCAUGGAUCAAUCAAGGAUUUCCUGAUACUACGAUUACUAAUGAUAGUAAUUGUGUUACACUACAAGGCUGGCUAGCUCAAUGGAGUAUGACCACUUUACUUGAUCAUCGAGUGACAUUAGCAUAUCUUGCACAUCUAGGUUAUCCAUCACCCACCACAAAUGCAUUAACAAUCACUAAACCAAGAAAAUCAGAAAGGAAAAAGAAAAACAAAGUGAAUCGAACGACAUAUCUAAUUUAUGUGUUUGGUGCAGUAGGAUCAGGUAAAAGUUCGAUAUGUAGAAAUUUAGUGAAAAAAAGGUAUUUUGAUGGGAAUCAUAACGGAGGUAGUUUAACGGUCGUCAAUAGUGUUGAGUAUAAAGGUGCUGAGAAAUAUUUAGUUGUUCAAGAGUUUGCAGCUUGGGAAGGUGGUGAAGUUUUGAGGAAUUCAAAGAGAUUGGGAAUGGCAGAUGUGUUAGUAUUUGUGUAUGAUAGUUCAGAUACCAAUUCGUUUUCUUACAUUAGCAAUCUAAGACAACAAUUUAAAGUAGAUCAUAUUCCAACCCUUUUUGUUGCAAGUAAAGCAGAUCUAGAUCUAGCUCAACAAAGACAUGAAGUUCAACCUGAUGUAUAUUGUCGUAAAUUAAGUUUAAGAGUACCGGUAGCUGUAAGUAUGAGAACUAAUCAAACAGCAGAUCUAUGGCCAAUCUUAUGUGGAAUAGCAACCAAUCCUAAUUCUUCAAUUCCAGGUGGAUCAGAAAAAACUUCCGAUAAAUUAACCGUUUAUUUAUCAUUAAGUGCAUUGAUUGGAGCUAGUUCUGCUUUAGCUUAUGUGGCUUAUAAGUCAUGGAAUAAACCUAAUUCGUUCUUAGGUACAAGUAAUAAUAAUGGAAUUGGAGGAAGUGGAAGUUGGUUGAAUUGGUUGGGUGGUGCUAGUAGUAGUAGUAGUCAUACUAAAACUGUUGUGAAUGGAGUAGGGUUAUGAGAAAAUGUAAAUGAAACAAAUUGGAAGUUUUAGAAUGGAAUGGAGGUUUUUUUUCUUUUUUUUUUCUUUUUUGUUUGAAGUUGAUAUUCUUUUGGUUGGAUUUGUGUAUUGUUGAGUUUGAUUCAACUUUGAUGAUCUUUAAAAAGUGGUUUAUAGUAUAU